UUGAUUUGGCUGUUGUGACUAUCCAAACACUCCUUACCAUUUUUCUGCUCGUUCUCCUCUCUGUAACUGCUGCUGUUCAUAGAUUUUGUGAACCCUAAAACUCUCUUCCGCCAUUCUCUUCUGCUUUCUCUCUGUCUCAACCUCUGUGCUUCUAUCGGUAACCGCUGAUAUUUAACUCUCUGUCGAAUUCACAUCCAAUACCCGAUGGCUGAAGGAAAGCUCGAUCUCCCCGACGACCUCCUCUCGUCAAGGUCCUCCGAUCAGACUUGGAUUCCGAAAGCUUCUGCAGGUAGCGACGAGGACAAGUCCUUCACAGGAGGAGUGCUUGAUUUGUCUAAGGAUCAAGCAGUGCAUGAUAGCAGCAUUCCAUUGUCUCCACAGUGGCUUUAUGCUAAACCAAUUGACACUAAGACAGACAUGCGUACUCCUAGUUCAUUGUCCCUCGGAAGUUCUGCAGAUUCAAGUCAGAAGGAGGCCUGGCGUACAGAUGCUCCUGAGGAUAAAAAGGAUUGGAGGAGGACCACAGCAGAGACUGAGAGUCGUCGUUGGCGUGAGGAAGAGAGGGAAACUGGUUCACUUGCUAGAAGGGAUCGUAGGAAACCAGAUCGCCGUGCUGUUGAGAAUGCUUCUGCCAAAGAAACAACUGAAAACAGAGCUUUGCCUACUUCUGACAGGUGGCAUGAUGGUGGUAAUCGCAAUGCAGGUCUUGAUGCAAGGCGUGAUAGCAAGUGGUCUUCUAGGUGGGGUCCUGAAGAAAAAGAGAAGGAAGCUCGCACAGAGAAAAAGAUUGACACUGAGAAGGAAGAUGCUAAUAGUGACACUCAAACUUUCGUUGCUAGCCGCUCUGUUUCAGAGCGGGACCCAGAUGCCCGUGAUAAGUGGCGACCACGCCACAGGCUGGAGGGAACUACUGCUGUCCCUGGUUCAUAUCGUACUGCUCCUGGAUUUGGGAUUGAGAAAGGACGUGCUGAAGGUUCAUAUGUGGGGUUUGUCAUAGGGCGUGGGAGAUCUAGCACGUCUAUUCAAAGACCGUCAAGUGGUGGAAUUGGUGCUGCACUAUCUGAGAGUGAUAAAAGUGUUCUUGGAAAACCAGUCACUGCUGCCAAUACCUUUUGCUAUCCAAGGGGUAAACUGCUUGAUAUUUAUCGCAAGCAGAGGAUUGACUCUUCUUUUGCUAAUGUUUAUGAGAAUAUGGAAGAAGCACCUCCAAUCACACUAGAAACUGUCAUUGAACCCUUAUCUUUGGUUGUUCCUGAUGCUGAUGAGGAGGCCAUUCUUAAUGAUAUAUGCACUGGAAAAAUCACGAGUAGUGGGGCUUUAUAUAAUUCUUAUAGGAAGGGCAGAUCAACUGAUAACAUUACUGAAAUUGAAGACAUGGAACCUUCCAAUGGAAAAGUGUCACCCCUCUCUACAGGUACAAUGGAAAAGAAGGUGGAUAUCAUUCCUAACUUAUCAAAAGAUAUUCACGAAUCAGCUGUUGACAACAACGCUAUUGAGACAAAUUUGCACGAGAUAGAAGGAAAAAACAGAGUUCCUGAAGUUGUUGCUGGAGAUGAUAUUUUGUCAACCUUGAUAAGAGAUGAGUAUAUAAACAGAUCGGUAGAUAUUGGGACUCAAUUUGAGGCUUCUGAACUCAUUCCUUCUCAUCGUGCCAAAACAACUGCUUCUGAUGGCAUUGGUUCUAAGCUUUCUAAUGAUUCAAAUUCCCUUAUUGGUAUGCCAUCUUCAGCACAAUACCUGGGACGCAACACUAUUGAAAACCAAUUAAAGAGGGGCAUUCCACCUGAGGAGUUAAGUAUGUUCUAUUGUGAUCCUCAAGGAGAGAUCCAGGGCCCAUUUCUUGGUGUUGACAUCAUUUCUUGGUUCGAACAAGGAUUUUUUGGAUCAGAUUUGCCAGUUCGUUUGGUAGAUGCCCCUGAAGAUUCACCUUUUGAAGAACUGGGUGAUGUUAUGCCCCACUUAAGAGUUAGAGAUGGUUAUGGUGGUGUCUCUGAUCCAAGUUCUAAAUUAGAACAACCUGCAACACCAGAGGGUGCAUUGAUAGCUGAUAUACAUGAUUCUGCAUCUACUGUAAUUGGUUCUUCAGCUGCUCGUGAUGGCUUGAUCUGGCAACCAUCGGAUUUCUCUGGUCCUUAUUCCCCGCAUAUUCAGUCAAAAGUAUCUGAUCAUGAAUUUCUUCAGUCAAAAAAAUCAUUUUCCAGGGGCAAUAACUUCAAUGAUUUUUAUGCUCAAGAUGAAGAAAUUGUUUUCCCAGGAAGGCCUGGAAGUGGUGGUAAUCCUAUUGGCAGAACAUCAGGGACCACCAGUGAUCCUUCAAGUAUUAUAAAUGGUUCAUCAAUACCAAAUGAAUUGUCUGAGCAUGGGAUUGCAGUUCAGAGAGAUAAUAAGUUGCAUCCAUUUGGUCUGCUAUGGUCUGAGCUUGAAGGCCCUUUUGCAAGGAAUGAUAGUAGAGCUGGUCAGGAUCAACUUGUAAACCCCAUUUCUGGAAGGGAUUCCUCAUUUGGCACAAUGAGUGAAUCAACUGUUUCUAUGGAGGCCAGGCCUGAUGCUUACAAAAGCAAUGUACACUCAGAUCAAAAUCCAUAUCAAGGUGCUAUGGAUGUUCGGCAUUUGUCACGGAUGGACCAGGAGUCAAACUGCUAUGAUUUGGCUGAUAAGCUGCUGUCUCAACAACUCCAACAACAGCAUCUUCCUCCACAUAGUUUGAUGUCUCAUAAUGCCCACAUGAAUGAUGCAAUGAUGGAAAGAGUGGGGACUCAGAAUUCAAUACACAGUCCACAUCUUGCCAGUCAAAUGGGGCAAGAUCUGGAACAGUUCAUUGCUCUUCAAGCACAACAGCAAAGACAAUUGCAAUUUCAACAACUGCAGCAGCAACAACAGUACCAUCAGCAGCAAAUGCUCCUGAAAGAACAGCAACAAUCUCAGGCGAGGGAGCAGCUGCUUCUUGAACAAAUAUUGCGGAAUCAAAUGCUUGAUUCCAAUCCUGGGCAAUCACAUGUUGAUGCUAUGAUAGCCAAUAGCGCUCUUGAACAGGUUUUGUUGAAGCAGAAAAUUUUAAGUGAGCUACAACAGCGCCCUCAUCUGCCUACACGGCAAGCUGACCCUUCCAUUGAGCAUCUUAUUCAAGCAAGGUUUGGUCAAAUGCCACAUCAAGAGCAUCAAAAUGAUUUGUUGGAGCUCUUAUCCAGAGCAAAACAUGGACAGAUGCAUCCAUUGGAGCAUCAGAUCAUUCAGCAUGAACAGCUGCAUGGUAGGCAGUUACCGAUGGGGUUGAGGAGGCAACGGAUGGAAAUGGAGGAAGACAGGCAAACUCCUUUCUGGCCAAUUAAUGAACCUGGUCAGUUUCUUAGAAAUCCUCCUGGUGCUCACCGUGCCAGCUCUGGAGUUGGGCCAUUAGAUCUUUUUCAGAAGCAACAGAUACUUUCUCCUGAAGAUCACAUUGGUCUCCUCGAGCGGAAUCUUCCAUUACAAGAUAGAAGGCCUCAACGCGGGCGUUAUGAUCCAGGGUUAAAUCCAUUUGAGCGAUCAAUGUCAUUGCCUGGAGGUGGAGUUAAUCUAGAUGUUGUAAAUACAAUGGCACGUGCACAGGGUUUACAUGUUCAAGACCCUAAUGUGCAAAUGCACUCUGGUGGUAAUGUAGGUGGGUUCUCUGGUGUCUACCACCAUCAGUCAUUGGUUCCCAAUGCAUUUCAUGGUUCUCAUUCAGAUUCAGUGGAGGGCCAAUGGUCCGAAAGCAAUGGUCAGUUACCAACUGAUUGGAUAGAAUCCCAUGUUCAGCGAUUGCAUCUUACUGGUGAGAGGCAAAUGAAGGAGUCAGAGAUGAAAAGGAGUUCUGAUGAUUCAAGUUUAUGGAUGUCUGCAGGAGGAAAUGAUGAAAGUUCAAGGCGUUUGCUUAUGGAACUGCUUCACCAGAAAUCUGAUCAGCAGUCAAUUCACCGUUCAGAAAAUUUGGUUGGAACUUCCUAUGAAAGGGGUCUAGCUUCAGCACAUACUUCUGGGACUAAUACUGUAAAUUAUAACUUCAAUUCUGUGUCUGAUCAAGAAAUGGGGCUAAGCCAAUCUCUCGUAGGGCCUAGUAGUUCUAAUUUAGAGAUUGCUAGUGAAAAAUUUUCCUUCAAUUCUCUUUCUGGAUCAUUAGUUGAAGAACCAUUCCUCUCUGGCAUAAAUGAUAAGGCCAGUUUGGCAAAUAUAGAUCAAGGGGAAGUCCCAGUUAGUGUUCUGAGAAGGAAUACUUCGCUCAGCACUGGAGGCUUGUACAGUGAUGACAUUCGUACUGGUGGUGCCCCGGUAGAGGAUGUAAAUAAGGAUCGUACAUCUGCUGCUACAUCAAGAGGUCCAGAAAACAUUUUGCUAAAACGUCCGCCUGUUUUGCGAGUUUUAUCAAAUCAAGAAGGUUUAUCUGAGAUGAACGUUGAUCGGCUUGUCAGAGGGAGAAGUCCUUCCAAUGUAGUAGCUUGUGAAGUGGAAAAACGGGAUGGAGGAGCUAAUGCAUUAAAUCAAGUCUCCGAUGCUGGUGCAACUGGGAAAAAAGACACAAGUUUUCGCCGAACUGCAUCUUUUGGUGAUGGAGAAGUUACAGAGACAUCAUUCAGUGACAUGCUUAAGAGUACUGCAAAGAAGGCCUCCCUGGAGGUUCAUUCUUCAACAGCUGCUUCUGAGUCGUCAUCAGAUGCAGCCCAGGGUGGUCGAAGCAACAAAAAGAAAGGGAAGAAAGGGAGACAGAUCGACCCAGCUCUUCUUGGAUUCAAGGUCACCAGCAAUCGCAUAAUGAUGGGUGAGAUACAGCGCAUAGAGGACUAGACAUUUAUUUAGCAUUGUUUUUCCUUGGCUGGAAUGGCUGGCUAUAUAGGUUGAGUCUCGUGUAAAUUUUCGCGGCAAAGAUUUUUAUUCCCCAGGUUGAUCACCCUCUUUCAUUUUCAUUUUUAGUUAUGUAGAAUGUAGUUUACUCUAAGUUGAAGUCCAUUACAUGUUCGCCAAAGAACUUUGUAUAGAUUGAAUUUUGUACAGACGGUGAUCAAUAGUGUUCUUAUACAAAGUGGAUGUUUGUAGCAUGAAUCUGUCUGUAUUCUUCUAAUAACAUCAAAUGUAUGUUAAUUUUUAUUUUCUAA